GCUGCUGCUGCUGCUGCGAGACCUGUAAGAAUGAGAGGGUGAAGUAGUGCAGCAAUAGCAGACGUAACUCGGGCCUAGCACGGGGCCGGGCCGGGGACUUUCCCACGAUGCACAGGCGGCUGUGAGGCGGUACCCUCCGUUGACUACGGCACUUGGCCCGGUGCUGGACCCAUGCUCACCCGUUCCAUUUGCCGCACGUUUUCCAACUGUGUGACCGCACUGUCCCGGGCUGCAACAGGCCCAGGCCCAACAGUGAUGCCGCCACGGAAGAACAGCAAGGAGGUAAAAGGACAGAAGGAAAAGCCGUCAGAGACUGCCCAUCCUACAGGUCCUGUUACAAGAGACAAAACUGGAUCUGUUACCAUAGCUAUUCAUGCCAAACCAGGUUCCAAGCAAAAUGCUAUAACAGAUGUAACAUUAGAAUCUGUUGGAGUUGCGAUUGCUGCACCACCAUCAGAAGGUGAGGCGAACGCCGAGCUGUGCCGAUACCUUUCAAAGGUCCUAGAAGUAAAGAAGAGUGAAGUCGUCCUUGACAAGGGUGGAAAAAGUCGAGAGAAAAUUGUGAAGAUUUUGGCUGUCAUCACUCCAGAAGUUGUUUUAGAGAAGCUGCAAAGUGAAGCAUCCAGAAACUAAAUCCAAAUGUGGUUCUUUUGCCUUGUGUCAGCUGCAACUACUGGAGAACUUCUUGUAUUCGCCAAAUUUCACAAUGCUGAUUAAAAAAUGAAAAAUG